GUUUUCCCAUUGUUUAUAAUAGCUAGCCAUACAUUAUGUGACUUCUUCAGUGUCUAUUCUUUGAAAUAGUCAUAAUUGCGACAGCACAUCACCCCUCAAUAUGUCUAGAACUUUGGGUUGGAAAUCAUUAUCUCGAGUAGGAAAAUUUGUAGUGCUCGUUGCAGGAACAGCACUUGCUCUUACGUUGACGCAGGGAAUAGUGUCAAUAUCUCAUCCAAUUGCUGCCCAUCUCAAUACGCCUUCUAUAAUGCAUAACAGCCCACAAAGCUCUCCCAGCACGACUCCAGGUAAUGCUGCCUCUCCAAUUGUCACAGAGCCUGCGGACACCUCCCUGAAGCCAAAAUACGCCUUUGCAACAAUAAUCACUGGAGAAGGGGACGCUGAGACGGAGGUCAAGGAUGCCUAUUUCACGGCAACCCGACUACUCACCUACCAGCUUCUCUACAGUCCCCAAACAAAGUCGCGCUCAGGUCAUAUCCCUUUCCUUGUUCUGGUGACGAAAGAUAUACCGCAGGAGCAACGGGACAUCCUUACAAAGGAGGGUGCUACGGUUAUCCCAGCUGAAACCCUUGAACGAGAAUGGAUCCACCCAAAAUGGAGUCGCUGGAUCGAUGUUCUUGCUAAGUUGAACUUGUGGAGGCUUACUGAGUUCGAGAAGAUCGCGUUUAUGGACGCCGAUAGUAUUGUUCUCCAUCCUUUGGAUGAUAUCUUUACCGAUCCUACGACAGAUAUCCAGCAAGCCGUACCCACUCGAGAAGUUGUGGACAGCAAUAUGAACACAACUGUUCCUCUGCCUGAGGAAUAUCUCCUCUCUGGUAUCCAUGAUCGGUGGGUAGAAAUGGCACUACCUCCGGUCCCUGGGAAAGAAUUCUAUGUGGCGAACAAUUAUAUGAACGCAGGCUUUUUCGUCUGUUCACCCUCCGAGUUACUCUUUAACUACUAUGUUUCCCUUCUUGAUACGCCGGACCGAUUCGAUGCAUCGUACCCCGAACAGAAUCUCUUGAACUUUGCUCAUAAAACAGACAGCCGAAUGCCUUGGCGUGAAUUGGGACCUGGUUGGAAUCAUAAGCCGCUAGCGGUCAGUAUGGAUGAUUUGUAUAACUUCAAGUCCCUUCAUCAGAAAUGGUGGCGCCCGAUCGCCGACAAAGAUGCUGCUGAGUAUAUUCGGAAUGCUGUACAAGAGAUGGAAGACUUCUUCCAAAACUGGACAACAUACUGAUUUGAUAUGCCUCUCUAGAAAAUCCAAAUAUGGUAUAAUGUACAUGGAUUUCCUGAUUUGGUACUGUUAUGAAGAUACACAUAGA